CUCGUCGCGUAAGCGUGAGUCCAUCGCUCUUCUUCCUACUUCUCCUUCCUACGUAAUCGAGAAGGGUGGGUCGAUCGUCGUUUGUUGAUGCGCGGGCCCGCAGGGUCACCUUCAAAAUGUUAUUUCCAGCUUUUCAGUAGACUCCACUUACCGGCGUCCUCCGCUGGAAAGCUUAUCGAAACCAUUCGCGCUCCGAAACCAGAAACUUUUUCGGUCGCAUUUUUUAGUUGAAUGGGUGUUUGAUGAGAUAAACUUGAGCUAUUUUCGAGUUUAGAUCGUAGCUACACUUUUCGCACAGUGAGUGUUUAUCAAUGGCAGAAGAAGCGAAAGCACGUGGGAAUCUGUAUGGAGGCCGAAUACCAACAAGGUACAUCCUAGCAGUACUGGGAUGCGUAGGUUUAGGCAUUAUCUAUGGUCUCAAGGUCAACCUCCAUGUGGCCAUAGUAAGCAUGGUAAACCAUACUGCCCUAUAUCAAGUAGGCGUUGAAAAGGGUUUGAGCACGAACGUUGGUGCAUCUAAAAUUGACGCUCAAGCUUGUGGAUCGGAUGUUAAUAAUAGUGACAAGAGUAGUCCGGCUGUUGCAGAGGAUGGCCCCUUUCCAUGGCCCGCCCCCAUCCAAGGCCUCCUUCUCAGCGCCUAUUUCUGGGGUUACAUCGUAGCGCAAAUCCCCGGCGGCCGUAUCGCCGAACUCUCCAGCGCCAAAUGGGUGAUGUUCUUCUCGGUAGCGAUCAACGCCCUAUGCACCCUGUUGACGCCAUUGGCUGCCCGACUUCACUUCGGCGCGCUAUUGGCCAUGCGCGUUGGGGAGGGGAUAGGAGGCGGAGUCACCUUCCCCGCGAUGCAUGUUAUGUUGGCGCAUUGGGCACCGCCUUGCGAGAGGAGUGUCAUGAGCAGUAUCGUGUAUGCGGGAACGGCACUCGGCACUGUGAUAUUCAUGCUGGUAUCUGGCUUGAUAGCAGCUUCCAUAAGCUGGGAGGCAGUAUUCUACAUAGAAGGAGGAGUCAGCUUGAUCUGGCUCAUACUGUGGAUGACUUUGACAGCAGAUACUCCACAAUCGCAGAGGUUCAUCAGUGAGGAAGAGAGGGACUAUAUUGUCAAGUCCUUGAAUCAGGGCAAAGAGGAGGUUAAACACAAGGAAAAACUAAAAAUGCCAUGGAAGGCAGUACUAACUUCCCCAGCGUUCCUCGCUAUCCUUAUAGCUCACACAUGCUCGAAUUGGGGCUGGUACAUGGUGCUCAUAGAACUGCCACUCUACAUGAAAUCAGUACUGAAUUUCAAGAUUUCCGAAAACGCAGUAGUCACGGCAGUACCAUUCUUGUGCAUGUGGCUUUUCACUUUGUUGUUCAGCAAGAUUUUGGAUACUUUGAGAGGAAAAAAGAUCAUCACCACCACUGCUGCGAGAAAGAUCGCUACAGGUAAGGGUAUUAUACAAGAUGUUCCAGACUAUACAGGGUGUCCUGAAAGUUUGGACUUUCUUUUUCAGAAACAGCUAUGUUUGAAAUAACAAACUUAAUAGCACUGAAAACUUAAAAAAUACUCACUAUUUAUUUGGUAC